AUCUCUAACAAUAUUAAUCUUUAAUUGUCUAAGUUUCUGAUAUUUUAAACUGUAGGUAGUUUACUAACUCUUGUGUUGUCCUUUUCAGUGUCCCAACUGAAGUCAUCAGCUACCGGUCACUUGUCAAAGCAUACUGUUAUUCGUAUUUCUGGACUGCCAUUAGCUAUUACAGUUUUUUUUGUUUUUUUAUUAUUUAUUAACAUCUUUCAUUAUCAAUUAUCUUCAACCUUGACGUUGGCAAAAUCAUCGAAGUUACGAUGGAGUCCAGUAUUAAUUAAAAGAAGAAGAAGAAGAAAUUGAGAUUUUAAAAUUUGAUUUUAUCAGUUUGUCGUACAAGUACCCAUAUAUUUAUUUCAGUAUUUUUUAUUUAUCGUAAUGGAAGCGGACUAUAUACACGAGGCUCUUAAGCCGAUCUCGUGGCUCGCCGGCCGCUGGUACACUGCUAAUGGCCGCGGUUCUUAUCCAAGUGUACGGGAAUUCGGAUACCAUGAAGAGUUAGAAUUUAUUUGCCUUGGUCAACCAAUGUUCAACUUUCUAUCAAUAUCCCAUCAUCCCGAGAAAGGCACAGCGAUGCAUCAAGAAAGAGGUUUCCUACGUAUACUACCCGAAAAAGAGAAAGUCGCCCUCGUAGUGAGUCACAAUAUUGGUCUUACAACCAUUGAAGAGGGUCACUAUGACUGUAAUUUGAAGGAGAUAAAGUUAGCCUCAGUCAGCAUAGCCCGGACAUCAUUUUCUAAGCCUCCACAUGUUACAAAUUUAUUAAGAGAAUUUAUUUUACUGUCACCUGACACAUUACAAGUAACUGUAUUUAUGACGACUGAUCAAAAACCUCUAAGUCAACAUUUAAAGGCUGUUUAUAAGAAAGUAGAAUAAGUAUUGCAACAUUACUCUAUGAGUACUGUCAGGAUGUUUCUCACAAAUGUAUAU